AUGAUGCGAAAGGAAGCUGCCGGUUCGCCCGGCGGGACUGAUAUCGCCUUGAACUCAGCCGACUGCCUUAAUUUACAGCAAAUACUUCAGGCUUUUAACUCUAAUAUAAGUGAAGAGCAUGCUUGGGCGUUAUUUUACCAAGCUUCAAAGUGUUACCAGAAAUGUUUGGACGAAGGGACUGCAUAUUACCUGCCUACUGAGCUAGGGCAUGUUUUGCUUCAUAAAGAUGGUACCGUGCACCCAGGCACGCUGAUGUAUAUAAGAGUUAUAGAUGAAUGGUGUGUACGGUUACAAUCUUACCUGUCGAUCGUCAAUGGACUUCCUAGAAGUGAUGAGGAGCCUGCAGGUAGAGAGAGCUACCAAAAGAAAUACGUUUAG